AUGUGGGUGGUGGGGUUGAGGGGGAGGGGGAGUGAAGCCUCCAUAGGUGGUGAGGGUGAGGCGGUGGGGGUGGGAAGCGUCCGUGGGUGGUGGGGGCGAGGGGGAGGGAAGCGUCCGUGCGUGCUGGGGGUGAGAGGGAGGGAAGCCUCCGUGGGUCCUGGGGGCGAGAGGGAGGGAAGCCUCCGUGGGUGGUGGGGGCGAGAGGGAGGGAAGCCUCCGUGGGUGCUGGGGGCGAGAGGGAGGGAAGCCUCCGUGGGUGCUGGGGGCGAGAGGGAGGGAAGCCUCCGUGGGUGGUGGGGGCGAGAGGGAGGGAAGCCUCCGUGGGUGGUGGGGGGCGAGAGGGAGGGAAGCCUCCGUGGGUGGUGGGGGCGAGAGGGAGGGAAGCCUCCGUGGGUGGUGGGGGCGAGAGGGAGGGAAGCCUCCGUGGGUGGUGGGGGCGAGAGGGAGGGAAGCCUCCGUGGGUGGUGGGGGCGAGAGGGAGGGAAGCCUCCGUGGGUGGUGGGGGCGAGAGGGAGGGAAGCCUCCGUGGGUGGUGGGGGCGAGAGGGAGGGAAGCCUCCGUGGGUGGUGGGGGCGAGAGGGAGGGAAGCCUCCGUGGGUGGUGGGGGCGAGAGGGAGGGAAGCCUCCGUGGGUGGUGGGGGCGAGAGGGAGGGAAGCCACCGUGGGUGGUGGGGGCGAGAGGGAGGGAAGCCUCCGUGGGGGGGAGGGAAGCCUCCGUGGGAGGAGGGGGAGAGGGGGAGGAAAGCUACCGGCAGUGGAGGGGGCGAGGGGGAGGAAAGCCACCGUGGGUGGUGGGGGCGAGAGGGAGGGAAGCCUCCGUGGGUCCUGGGGGCGAGAGGGAGGGAAGCCUCCGUGGGUGCUGGGGGCGAGAGGGAGGGAAGCCUCCGUGGGUGCUGGGGGCGAGAGGGAGGGAAGCCUCCGUGGGUGCUGGGGGCGAGAGGGAGGGAAGCCUCCGUGGGUGCUGGGGGCGAGAGGGAGGGAAGCCUCCGUGGGUGCUGGGGGCGAGAGGGAGGGAAGCCUCCGUGGGUGCUGGGGGCGAGAGGGAGGGAAGCCUCCGUGGGUGCUGGGGGCGAGAGGGAGGGAAGCCUCCGUGGGUGCUGGGGGCGAGAGGGAGGGAAGCCUCCGUGGGUGGUGGGGGCGAGAGGGAGGGAAGCCUCCGUGGGUGGUGGGGGCGAGAGGGAGGGAAGCCUCCGUGGGUGGUGGAGGCGAGAGGCAGGGAAGCCUGCGUGGGUGGUGUGGGCGUGGGGGAGGGAAGCCUCCGUGGGGGGGGAGGGAAGCCUCCGUGGGAGGAGGGGGCGAGGGGGAGGAAAGCCUCCGUGGGAGGAGGGGGCGAGGGGGAGGAAAGCCACCGGCAGUGGAGGGGGCGAGGGGGAGGAAAGCCACCGGCAGUGGAGGGGGCGAGGGGGAGGAAAGCCACCGGCAGUGGAGGGGGCGAGGGGGAGGAAAGCCACCGUGGAUGGUGGGGUGAGGGGGAGGAAAGCCACCGUGGGUGGUGCGGGCGAGGGGGAGGAAAGCCACCGUGGAUGGUGCGGGCGAGGGGGAGGAAAGCCACCGUGGAUGGUGCGGGCGAGGGGGAGGAAAGCCAUCGUGGGUGGUGCAGGCGAGGGAGAGGAAAGCCACCGUGGGUGGUGCGGGCGAGGGGGAGGAAAGCCACCAUGGGUGGUGCGGGCGAGGAGGAGGAAAGCCACCAAGGGUGGUGCAGGCGAGGGGGUGGGAAGCCUCUGUGGGUGGUGCGGGUGA